AUCAGAUUCUUUCUCUACUCUCUUUUUUAUUUCUUUCCCGAUUAAUCAACAAAAAUCGCAGUCGCCCAAUUUAGAACUUUGAAGGAAGAAAAAGGUAUUCCGACGGGCGAAAUCUGUUGGCGAAAUCGAAAAUGGGUUCGAUGAAAUUGGGGGUUUAGGGUUCAUCAAAAUUUGUCGAAACAACAACAGAGAAAGAGAGAAAUGGGGAGUUUAGUGAAAGCAUAUUACUGUAACCAGAUGCAUCACAACAGCAUCAUCCCCCACUUUCACCAUUACAGACCUUCAAGCCUUCAAAACCCUAUCUCCCUCUUCGCCAUCACUUCUCCCUCCUCCUCUGAACCUCCUUCUCCUCCUGUUAAACAUCCCCUUCCUCAAUUCGGCGGCGGCGGCCACUUCAUCAUCCCCACCAUCGCCGUCGCUGCUUCCGCCUGGUUCUUCUUCCGUCUACACCAAUACCCUCCUAUCAUCACCUCCCCCGUUGAUCUCCACCUCGAUUUGGAAGAAGAAGGCGCUAUCAAAGAGCUUCCUUUGGAGAGCAAGCCUGGUUACGUUAAAGCUCUUCACUUCUACAAAAUCAAGCCAGGUACCGUCUUGAAACUCUUGGACGUUUUCGACUCCGACAGCUACGACUCCUUGAAAGCCCGGAUUCGUUUAUCCGCCGAGUGGUUAGAAACUGCCAGGAGAGAAUUGGAGGAGGUGGUUGAGAGAGACCCUGGUCGGGUCAUGGAGUAUUCUCAGGUGGUUGAUGAGCUCAUGGAGAUUCUCAGGGACAUGGAGGUUUACAUUGAUAAAUGCCAAAAGGACAACGUCAAGGGUUACCUCAGAUCCUGCAACCGAUUGCUUGCUCGUGUCAGGAGAAUGGAAGCUCAGAUUCUCAAUGUCCUCAAAGAGUUUCACGACGACCACGACCAAGGAGGAGGAGGAGGAGAUACUUAUUAGGGAACAUGUUCACGUCAUUCAUUAAGGUGCAGCUGUUUUGUUUACCAAACAAAGUUCAUUAUGUUUUGGUUCUAUCUAUCUCUAGGAUGGUAAAUAGGUGGUAAUUAAACUCUCCAGUCUUGUUUUGAAACAACAACAGUUACAUUGUUUGUUCCCUAAGAUGAAUCGGAUGCUUAUGAGCAUUUGCAGACCGUUAAUAGAGGUGCUUAAUUAUGAUUUAGAUUCCCAACUGGAUUCCAUCUCUGGGUGUUCUUCUUGCCAAAAGAUAGAAAACAACCAAACAGUUUCUUCUUAUGUGAUAUAGUAGGCCAUAUACUUUGUUUCCAGCUACGUCCAGUCUGAUUACUUGUGUACAAAUGACCUAACCAAACAACUUCCUUCUUUCUGAACAUGAGAGUAUGAGGAAAGAGUUUGGAGAUUGCUUGCUUUUCCAUAAUUCAUAACAUCAGUUUGUACGUAAGUGGACAAUUACUCUUGUGUGUAUCCUUGGAGUUGCUGUUUCAUAUGUAAGUGGACAAUUACUCUUGUGUGUAGCCUUGGAGUU